UCAGACAUGGCACCAGUUGAGAUUAAUGUACGUUGUAGCUAUCCAUCUACCAAGCUGGAAAAGAUGAGAGCAGCAAAAGCCCUCGUAGAGAAAGCAAUCAAGGCGCAGAAAGUGUUUUCAGUGCAGGGGUGCUAUCCUGUGAUUCGUGCCGGUUUACGUGCCAGAGGGUGGGUGGAACGUUAUUUGCCCAACGUAGGCUGUGAUUCGCCUCGCUGCCAGAGCGAUAAGGACAAGGAUGAAGAUGACGGCAGCAUUGGAGCAAAAAAUAAUGGUGAAACGAAAGAUCACUUAUAUUACUCAACGAGAGGCGAUGGCGGUGAGCAAGAUGACCUUGACAAAAUGUAUGAGUUUAUGUCUCGCCUUGUUCGGAAUGCAAGGAUUUCUUUCUACUGGAGCUCCUGUUACGACGCCAGCCGUUGUCGCUCCUUUGGACGGGAUCAAAUAACCAACCACUAUGCCAACACUCAAACCUUCACCACCAAGGUGGGCCUCUGCGUGAACCUGCGUAACCUAAAAUGGUAUGACACCGAAGACCCCGACGCCUUCUUUCCGAGAUGUUACAGGCUUGGGGCUGAUGAAGAAAGAGCUGCAUUCAUUGAUGACUUCAGAAGGACAGCGUGCAGCAGUCUGCUGAAGCACGUGGUGGAGAUGAGCAUGACGACAAAAGGGGAGACGCAAAACGAGGAGGGGGAGGAUAAAGCCGUCAUCGCCACUGUCAGUGCAGAAGUGAUCGAUACGGCCUUGCAGAGGUGUCAGGAGUAUCUUAGUGUCGUAGCGCACAGCGACAUUGAUGUAAUUGGGAAACCUCCCCCUUGCAUGGAGCAAAAUCAAUGGAAUUGCUUUCUCCAAAACUACUACUUGGUUGUGCAUGAAGGAGCAUUGAUCAGAAGUAGUGCUGCUUUUGUGGAACGCUGCCAAGCCAUGUUGGUCCGAAUGAAGGAAGUCUGUCCUCAGACGGACAUUGAUGGAGUCAAUAACAUCUGGAUUAUAAAACCAGGUGCAAUGUCCAGAGGAAGAGGUAUUGUCUGCAUGAAUCGCUUAGAUCAGAUUUUAGCUCUGGUAGAGUCAGACAGAGCAUUUGUGAAAGAUAGCAAGUGGGUGGUUCAGAAGUACCUGGAAGGUCCUCUCUUGAUCAAUGGAACCAAGUUUGAUCUGCGUCAGUGGUUUCUCGUCACUGACUGGAACCCCCUGACUGUGUGGUUCUAUAAGGAGUGCUACCUGAGGUUCUCAACUCAGCCCUACUCGACAAAAAAACUUGAUAGCUCAGUCCAUUUGUGCAACAAUGCCAUCCAGAAGCACUUCCAGCCAUCAAAUAAACGGCAUCCAAGCGUCCCCAUGGACAACAUGUGGUCCAGCUCCGACUUUGAGGAUUUUCUGGAGAAGCAGGGCCGUGGGGAACAGUGGGACACAGUGGUGGUCCCGGGUAUGCAGCAGGCUGUGGUCCACGUCUUACAGACGGCGCAGGACCUGGUGGAGCACCGCAAAGCGACUUUUGAGUUAUACGGUGCUGAUUUCAUGUUGGGGAAUGAUCUGAGGCCUUGGCUCCUUGAAGUCAACACCAAUCCCACCAUGGCCUGCACCAGCAUCGUCACAGCUCGCCUAUGCCCCGCCGUGCAGUUGGACACUCUGAAGGUGGUGCUGGACAGACGGAACAACCCCAACGCCUUUACGGGAGGCUUCCAGUUGAUCUACAAACAGCCUGCAGUUGAACCCCCGAAGUUUUGUGGAGUGAGCCUUCUAGUUGAAGGAAACCACAUCAAGAAACCUAAAUCUACAAAGCGCAGAUCAAGGCUUAGUUCUACUAGGUCUCGCUUGACCCAGUCUUCCAAGGGUAGUGAAAUUAUGAGUAAAGAGCAAGUGAAGUCAUGCGAGACGGAACAAGAGAAGAAGUCCCGUCCUGAGAAAAAGAAGACCCCUUCUCCAAGAAAAGAAAAUCAGGAAAGAGAGGCGGUCCACAGUGCCGAUUUGGUGUCAGAACAACAUGCGGUGGGGGACCACCCUGAAGCCAGGAAGAGAUCCCAAUGUUUGAGUCGGAAUUAUGGCAGCAGAGGAACCCCACUUGCCCAACGCAGCACCCGCCCUUGCAGUGUUUCACCUGUAUGUAAAUCUCCAAUUAAACCAAAUCUGCGGAGGUCCUUCCUUCCUGGGAACUCCGAGCCUUGUCACCGGCCCCAAUAUGCAACUUCUUUCAGUGCAGAUCAGCUCCCCGUCCUGUGGUGA